UCCAGCAGAAGGAAGUCGCUCCGGAUAAAUGGGCCCUUAAACUGACAGGAAAACAAAGCGGCUGUGGGAGAAACGGGAAGAAGAGGACAGGAGCGAAGGGCCGCUGUCACGAGCGGUUAACGUUAGCUUAGUUUGUGAAGGCGCGAGACGUUACUUUGACAGUUAAAAGCCAAAAGGACGGCGGCGUGCACGGAGAUGGAGCUGUCAGCGAUUGGAGAGCAAGUGUUCGCUGUGGAAUCAAUCGUCAAGAAAAGAGUUAGAAAGGGGAAUGUGGAGUAUCUGUUGAAAUGGAAAGGAUGGCCUCCAAAGUAUAGCACAUGGGAACCUGAGGAACACAUUUUGGAUCAGCGCUUGGUGCAGGCCUAUGAAGAGAAAGAGCAGAGAGAGAGAACAUUGGGGCACAGGAGAAAGGGAUCCAAGGCCAAAAGACUUAUUCUGCAGGACACUGUCUACACCAUGGAUCUCCGCAGUGCUCACAAGACUCCAGAGCAACCUCAGCCGCGCUUGCGUCUCUCCCUGACACGCUCUCUGCUCCCUGAGGACGAGGAUGAGUCGUACAGCACCCUGGACCCACGACCACAACUGGAACAUCGGAAGAGCAAACCCAGGAGGUCACAGUUCACGUGCCUUGACUCAAACCCUCCAAGUCCCACACAAGAGGACUGGGGAGAAGAUGAAGAUGAGGAGGAGGAUAAUGUAGAAAGUGAAGAGUAUAGAGAGGAGGAGGAGGAAGAGGAGAAAGAGGAGGCUCUGAAGAUGACAACAGAGAAGAGCGGUGGCACUUUAAAUGGACAGGAGAGGACAGUCGAGUGGAGCUCCGCCGUCGGACCAGACGAGGUCACUGCAUCAGAGAAGCCGGGCAACGUCUGGAGGCCUGUCAUCUGUCCAGGGGAGGUGACAGUCACAGAUGUCACCCUCAACUCCCUCACAGUGACAUUCCGAGAGUCAAGAGUGGCCAAAGGCUUCUUCAGAGACUGGGGCCUGGAGGUGUGAUGUGUGAUGUCUCAGUAGGUCUGGUGGAGAGGGCACUGCGAGAAGGAGCUGGUUUAAUCACAGGGUGUGAAUGGUGGUCGAGGGCCAGGGUUGGUGGCGUUAUUCCCUCUUGGUAACCUCUCACUCUGUUCUUCCCCUUCCCUGCAACUUCCAGCCUGGUCAGUGGUAGGUUUACAUGCACAGAGUCAACCUGGACGUAAGCCUCACUCCAUUUAAGGUUAUGUUUAGGUUGGCUGUUCACCUUUGAUAUGGUGAGACUGAGUUGCCUUGAAAAGGGUAUAAGUGGUUGUGACCUCUGUUGGUGAGUGAGGACAUGCAAAAACGUCACAUUUUUUCACAGAGAAGAGUCAACUAGCUGGCUGAAACAGAGACCAAACCAAAAGAUGUGGUAAAGAUGCAAGACUGUG